AUGAAGGUGCUGUCCAAUAACCAGCGCCUGUACCCCGUCGAUGUCGUCAAGUACGAGUGCUUCGGCCAGCCCAUCCUGCUCCGCGACGUUGACUUCAGCGUCCAGACGCAAAAGUCGCAGCUCCCUCAGCACUUCUUCAUCGUCCAGGACCCUGUGGCGCAGAUGGGCGUGCAGGCAGCACCCUCGCCCGGGAGUGGCUCGAGCCUGCCCCAGCCGCAGUCGCAGCCGCAGCUGACACCACCACAGACCCCGCCGCACCAGCUGGCGCAGCAGGGCCAGCCGAUGAUGUAUGCCGCCGAUCCCGCGCACCAGCAGCAGCAGCAGGCCAUGAUGGCCCAGCAGGCCGCCGCCGCUACCUUGCGCCCGCCCGUGGGCGGCUACUACCCGCCGCAGCAGGGCUACCCGCCCCAGGCCACCCCUCCGCAUACUCCCCCUGGUCCCCAGUCUCAGCAGCAGCAGCAGCAGCAGCAGCAGCAGCAGCAAAUGUUCAUGCCGGCCAUGUACGCCUAUCCGGCGACCCAGAUGCCGGCCGCCUACCUCCCACAGUACUAUCCGGGCUCGCUGCACCAGGUGCCCUACGGCGGCGCCCUGUCGUCGUCCGCGCUCCCCUCGGUCUACGACGUGCAGCAGCACAGCGGAAGCCCGCACUACCCGUCGCCUCUCUCGGACAGCGGCGGCGGCCACACCAACCCGCCGCCGUUCAACCCCGAGUACGCCGCCGCGCACGAGUUCAAGCGCCUCUCCAUGUCCGGUCAGCAGUAG